AUGAUCCGAUGUCCCAUAUGCCAACAACAUGUUGUUCUGUCCAACAUCAACGAACAUCUCGAUUCUGGCUGUCGAGCAUGCAUCGAAGAUGUCUGCAAGCAGCAGGAGAGCUGCACCAGCCCUGAAGAAACAACGGAACAACAUCAGCUGAAAGAUGGCGACAAUUCAACAGUCCCGCUCACUGUGAACAGAACGUUAAAAAGAGCGGUCGUUCAACAGGAGUCCAACACCACGCGAAAGAAGCCAGAUACCAAAUCACCAUCGACGGAGCUUGCAGCAAAGCGACGAAAAGGUCGUGUUGCACCUUUGACGGAGCAUGAAUCCUUGAUCGGGCCAAAUGGUACACUCAGGCGGUUGAUUGAACAGGAUGAUCUUCCGAAUCUGAUUCUGUGGGGGCACCCGGGAAGCGGUAAAACUACCAUUGCCAGGAUCAUCGCGCCGAUAAUGAAGAGAAAGUUCUACGAGAUCAGUAGCUUGACUACGACGACGACAGAGUACAAAAGUAUCGUCACCAAGGCUGCACAGGAUGUGCUCGAGGGUCGGAAGCCAUCCAUUGUGUUUUGUGACGAGAUCCACCGAAUCACGCGUCCACAACAGGAUAUAUUUCUCGAUGCGAUUCGGAGAAAUAGCAUCACUCUCAUCGGUGCGACGACAGAGAAUCCGUCGUUGAAUAUCCACCAUACUCUGGUCUACAAAUGCAGGAUUUUCACUGUCCCGAAGCCAACCACCAAUGAUAUCGUGGCUAUCCUUCGUCGUUCGGUAGAAUCACAGAACCUGAAGUCAUCACCGCUUCUGGAUGAUGAAUUCCUCCAAUAUAUAGCCAGCUUUGCGGAUGGUGACAGUCGAAUCGCACUGAACGUUCUGGAGAUAGCUGCGGAUCUAUGCGAGCGACCGAACAUGACCAAGGAUAAGCUGAAGCACUCCUUGAACAAGAGUUUCCUCUACGACCGUUCGGGCGACCAGCACUACGACACCAUUUCAGCAUUCCACAAGUCAAUCCGAGGCAGCGAUCCCGAUGCUGCGCUAUACUACCUUGUCCGAAUGCUCCAGUCCGGCGAAAACCCCUUAUUCAUCGCUCGCCGUCUUGUUGUGGCGACGUCCGAGGACAUUGGACUUGCCAAUAAUGCCUUGCAAACAUAUGCAACCUCGGUCUACUUGAUGAUUGAGAAACUAGGGAUCAAAGACACACAGAGUGCGCUGACCCAACUCGUGGUCACAAUGAGUUUGUCAAAGAAGAGCACUCGAUCCCAUCGUGGCCUGAAUAAUGCUUUUGCUGCAUUGAAAGAGCCUGGGAUGAGCGACGAACCAGUUCCCUUCCACCUCUUGGAUCGUAGGCCUGAGCUUCUGAGAGAGGCUGCCCGGGUCGUGACCAACGGCAAACAAUCCACCCAGGCCUUUCUUCCAGAGCCUCUUCAAGGACGACAAUUUCUGGAAGAUACUGAUUUUCGAUUUAAGCGAGAUCCCGAUCUACGUUAUCCAUGACCGCUAAAACCGCCGCGGCUUGAGUGACUCCAAGCAUGAACUUCCAUAACAUUGCUAUCCUCUGAAACCACAUGUCUUUACAAUGCUUUAAUAUUAAAUACCAUUCACGCCCCAAAUUUAGUAGAAACCGGAAUAGAGUUGGACUCUAUUCCUUUGAUAAGCCCCAAGAGUAUUUUCCCCUUGCAAGGGGUCGGAAAGUCAUACUAGUCUCGCACCUGGCUUACAUACUGGGUGUGAUUCUCCCUCAUGCGACCACGUUGGUUUCCCGGCCAGCUUAUAAUGACUGAGAUACACAUCUCCCAGGUUGUGUUGAUUCCCUCGUUGGGAGUUGUUCAAUCUCUUCGGACGUGGACAAAGCACAGCAUUUAUUUGCUGGUUAUUGAUCAGAGGUAGC